CCGUGGGCGCUGCGACUGGACAGCUCCGCCGCCGCUUCCCGCUGACCUCUCUCGCUUUGCCUGCUCCCGCCCGCAGUCCCUCACCCUGUCUGACGGGUCCCCAGACCUCUCUCUGCGCUCCAGCCAGGCCAUCCUGGGCUCUGGCUGAAGUUCGAGGGAGCUGAGCGGAGCAGUGGGAGGAGGGCCUGCGGGGACCGGCUGCACACCUGGGUGGCUGCUCGCACCCCUUCCCCAGGCUGUGGGCUGCGUGGACCUGAGCCGACCCCAGCUUGCCCUCCCCUUGCUGGGGGCUCAUGGCACCCCUUCCCAGAGCCCAGUGCUACUGGCACUGCUGCCCUCCCUGGUGCUCCCCCCUGCCAGACCUCAUCUCUGUGUCUGCCUGAACCACAGUGUAGGUGGGGUCUGAGGCCCGGCCAGGGACACAGCAGAGCUUGGCCUGGAGGCUGGAGAUGGCGGCUGUGGCCCGCGUGGGUGGGCAUUGCCAAGUGCAGAGAGGAGAAGGUCUGGGGCCUGUGAGCUGGGUCUUGAGGGCCUGGCCCUGAGGCCUGGGCCUCUUGGCUCCUGGCUGGUGGGAACAGCCACAGGCCCUGGCCCGGCCUGCAGCAGUCCAAGGUGGGUGUGGCUGAGCAGCUUGAAGCCUCUGGCAGGCAAGGCAUCCACAAGCCUUCCCUGUUUUAGUGUGGCGGCGGCAGCAUGAGCACCCCGCAGUCCAUGGUAUCCGAGGGAGGCCCGACUAAGGGCACCGGGAGCCCAGCAGGGAAGGCUGCAGCUGGUACCCGGGAGAAGGGGCCUCGCCUGGCCCAUCGGCUGCCCUCCAUUGUAGUGGAGCCCAGUGAGGCAGGAGCUGUGGAAAGUGGGGAGCUGCGCUGGCCCCCAGAGGGCAUCCAGAAGGGUCCCCCUCAGAGCCUGGCUGCUGCUGCCCUCUCCUCGAGUCAGCCAGGAGCACCAGCGGAUGAGGCUGACAGUGAGUGUGCCGGCUCCAGAGACCAGGCACCCCCCGCCCAGUGACAGAUGAGGAUGUGACGUGGCUCUGCUGAUUGCUGGGAGAGCCUCAGUGCCAGGGCUGCAGGCACAGUGGAGGUGGGCCUGCCUGCACAGCAGGCAGCAGAGCCUCCCACCUCACUAGGCCUGGCCAGGACCUCGGCCCCUGCCACAUACCGCCACCGCACAGGCCUAGCACAUACCCUCCUCACUCAGCAGAUUGAAGCAGAAAUAAAGGCACUUGCUGGUGGCCA